AUGCCCCGAAUUCAGUUACGUCUCAGGACCCCAAGUGGCCAAACCCGCCUGGAAGUCGACGACGAGUCCAUCUUGGAGGACCUGGUGGCUCAGAUAAGAACGGCCACCAAGAUCGACAAGUUUUCACUCAAAUACGGCUAUCCUUUGAAAGACCUGGACAUCAGCGCGGAAGCGCAAAAAGCCACGCCCCUCAAAGAUCUGAAGCUGCGUGGUGAGACCAUCGUCGUUGCUCCUAUUGAAAGUAGCGCUCCUUUACCGGCGGCAGAGCCAGAAAAGCCAAAGUUUACGCCAAAAGGGAUCGAGCCAGAUGAGACAUCUCUUGAGUGGCCCGAAAGGGGCGGAUAUCUAGUUCUCCGUGUGAUGCCUGACGAUAACAGCUGCAUGUUCACAGCAGUAGGCGGCGCCCUCUCCAUCGCCAACGCCUCCUCCGUCCUCCGCCGGCAAGUAAGCGAUUACAUCCUCUCCCAUCCCACCGAAUACACCGCCGCCAUCCUUGGCUCCCCGCCCUCCGUCUACGCCAGUCGCAUGCUGCAGUCCGACGUCUGGGGCGGCGCCAUCGAACUCUCCAUUUUAUCCGACAUCUACAACAUUGAAAUCUCCUCCCUCGACGUCAAGAGCCUCCGAAUCGACAAAUUCGGCGAGGGCAAGUCCCUCCGCAUUUUGAUCCUGUACUCAGGGAUCCACUACGACAGGAUCGCGUUUGCGAUGGAUCUGAGUUACCCCGUGGAGGUGGACGUGACCAAGUGGAGCACGGAAGACGACGAGGUGCUGGAUAAAGCGAGAAAGCUGGCGGAGCAGCUGCAAAGGAUGCAUUAUUAUACGGACACGACGGAUUUCGUCAUCAAGUGUGAGAUGGACGGGUGUGGCUGGAUUGGGCAGGGGACGAAGGAUGCGGCGAGGCAUGAGAGGGAGACGGGGCAUGGGAGGUUUGGGGAGAUGGAGAUUAAGUGA